CUGUUGCCCAGUCUUCCUUUUCUGACGUGCCCGAGCAUGUCCACAUUAGAGUCUGUGACAUACCUACCUGAAAAAGGGUUAUAUUGUCAGCGACUACCAAGCAGCCGAAUACUUGGGGGCACGGAAUCUCUAAAGGGGAAAAAUACCGACAACAUGGGCUUCUACGGCACUUUAAAGAUGAUUUUUUACAAAAUGAAAAGAAAGUUAGACCAUGGCUCGGAGGUCCGUUCUUUCUCACUGGGAAAGAAACCCUGUAAAGUGUCAGAAUAUACAAGCACUACUGGGCUUGUGCCUUGUUCAGCAACACCAACUACGUUUGGAGAUCUGAGAGCAGCCAAUGGUCAAGGACAGCAACGCCGUCGCAUUACAUCUAUCCAACCACCAACUGGGCUUCAAGAAUGGCUGAAAAUGUUUCAGAGCUGGAGUGGACCGGAGAAGUUGCUUGCCUUAGAUGAACUGAUUGAUAGUUGUGAACCUACCCAAGUGAAGCAUAUGAUGCAAGUGAUUGAACCCCAGUUUCAACGAGAUUUCAUUUCCUUGCUGCCCAAAGAGCUGGCUCUAUAUGUGCUUUCUUUCCUGGAUCCCAAGGACUUGCUGCAGGCAGCACAAACAUGUCGAUACUGGAGAAUUCUGGCAGAAGACAAUCUUCUAUGGAGAGAGAAGUGCAGAGAAGAAGGAAUUGAUGAGCCUUUACAUAUCAAGAGGAGAAAAGUAAUAAAGCCAGGCUUUAUUCAUAGCCCAUGGAAAAGUGCUUACAUCAGACAGCACAGAAUUGAUACUAACUGGCGGCGAGGUGAACUUAAAUCUCCUAAGGUGCUCAAAGGUCAUGAUGAUCAUGUAAUCACAUGUCUACAGUUCUGUGGUAACCGAAUAGUCAGUGGUUCUGAUGAUAAUACAUUAAAAGUUUGGUCAGCAGUUACAGGAAAGUGUUUAAGAACACUUGUUGGACAUACAGGUGGAGUUUGGUCUUCACAGAUGAGGGACAAUAUAAUCAUCAGUGGAUCUACAGAUCGGACUCUCAAAGUGUGGAAUGCAGAGACUGGAGAAUGUAUACAUACAUUAUAUGGGCAUACCUCAACUGUGCGUUGCAUGCAUCUCCAUGAAAAAAGAGUUGUCAGUGGGUCUCGAGAUGCCACCCUGAGAGUUUGGGACAUAGAAACAGGCCAGUGUUUACAUGUUCUGAUGGGUCAUGUAGCUGCAGUCCGAUGUGUACAGUAUGAUGGCAGGAGGGUUGUUAGUGGAGCUUAUGAUUUCAUGGUCAAAGUUUGGGAUCCAGAAACUGAAACCUGUCUACACACCUUGCAAGGGCAUACUAAUAGAGUCUAUUCAUUACAGUUUGAUGGUAUCCAUGUGGUGAGUGGAUCUCUUGACACUUCAAUCCGAGUUUGGGAUGUGGAAACAGGAAAUUGCAUUCACACAUUAACAGGUCACCAGUCAUUAACAAGCGGAAUGGAACUCAAAGACAACAUUCUUGUGUCUGGGAAUGCAGAUUCCACCGUCAAAAUCUGGGAUAUCAAAACAGGACAGUGUUUACAGACAUUACAAGGUCCCAACAAGCAUCAGAGUGCUGUGACCUGUUUACAGUUCAACAAGAACUUUGUAAUUACCAGCUCAGAUGAUGGGACUGUAAAACUGUGGGACUUAAAAACGGGUGAAUUUAUCCGAAAUCUAGUUACAUUGGAAAGUGGAGGAAGUGGAGGUGUUGUAUGGCGGAUCAGAGCCUCCAACACAAAGCUAGUGUGUGCAGUUGGAAGCCGGAAUGGGACUGAGGAAACCAAGCUGCUGGUAUUGGACUUCGAUGUGGAUAUAAAGUGAAGCUUGAAAAAAUUAUUUUGUCCAGAAAUGCAAAUGAUGUUCUUGUCCUUUCUCC